AUGCCGCCGCGCCGGCGCGAAAUCCCCGCCGAGGGCUCGUGGCGCCUUGUCGAUGGCGAAAAUGACAGCUUCGAUACGAGUAUUAUUGAUACGACGUUCGACUACGAAUUCAGCCCUCCCUCGAGUGCCAUGCCAUCUUCUGGGCUGCCCACUCAACAAUCCUUUUCACAAAGUCUGGGUAGCACGAGCUUUGCUUCUCAAGACAGCAUCCGCGAUUUCAACACCUACCAAGACGACGAGGAAGUAAUCUUGCGCCAACCUUUCCGCCCAAGCCUCCCUUCAAGCGCUCAUACGUCCACGCAACGUAUCUCAUACCCACGACCCGAGCUACAGCUCCGGAUGCCUCUCGUCGAUGCCAAUAAUCUAGUCGCGAGCGAGGCUUCGCGAACCGCAAUGGUCGACGAUGAUACAGAGGAAGCCAGCGUAGCGUCGGAUGACGAGCGCCGCGGGACUUGGCACGAGGACGAGGAGAGGGAAUAUGCUAGGCUUCUAAGGGAGCAAAAUGAGGGACCACUUGAUUGGCAACACACUGACUCAAAUUUGCCAUCGUCUUCAAACUUUUCUCAGAAACUGGCUCGGGUCUCUUCGCUCUCCUACCGUUACGCCGUAAUACCUCUCAUAAUCGCUCUCGCAGCAUACCUUGUUCAUUCGAAUGGCAUAUCUUUUGAGGCUGCCCGCGAUAAAAUCCAGUCCUUUUCUUUCGAUUCUAUCAAUGAGAUUCCCAGCGUUUCCAACUUUCGGCUUGGAUUCUUUGAAACCGAAAAGUCUAGUAGCUCUGCUGCUUCCUUCAUCGAUUUUACCAAACUCAUGCAAGUUCAAUCGGGAUUUGAGAGUGUGCUAGACAAGAGCGCCUAUGGUCUCUCUAUGCCGCUUGGAUUAAAACGUUCAGAAAUCGCUACUCGAAGUUUAAGGUCUCUCCUCAAAGAGAACGAAAUCGCGACUCGGGAGGAUUUCAUCAUGGAACUUAAUGCUUACAUAGCAAAGGUCGGCCAGGUAGGCGGAAAUUGGCAGACCUUUUAUAUCCAUGUUGGAUCAACGGUUGAUUCCGUCAUAAACAUCAAUCGCUGGACUCUUCGCCACAUCAACUCUCUCUCCAUGGAACCAGAGUCGCCUUCUCUACCUCCCUCCGUAGCCUGGAUUAUCCGACCACUGAGUCUAUUCAAGUCCUCGGAACAAGCCGGUAACGAUCGGGCUUUGUUGGAUAAAUACUCUGAGCACAUCAACCUUGUUCAGGAUCGGGUAGACAAGAUCAUUGAAGAAGGAAAAGCUCUAUCAUUACUCCUUCAUCAAGGUCAGACUCACCUGGGCGCAAUCAAUGACCAGGCCCAACGUCUCUCUAGCGCAGAGAAAACCAAGCCCAAGUCUUUCAUGUCUGCUAUCUGGGCUUAUAUUGGGAACUUGAUUGAGGAAGAGCGCAACUUUGAUGAACAAAUCACCUUGCUCAAAGAAGUUGAUGUACAAUAUACAGAUGCAAUCUCUCAUCUCUCCUCUUUGAUUGAUGAACUCAAGGAUAUACGACUCUAUCUGGGAGAUCUACUCGAGCGCAACGAUGAACCCUCCGUAACUUGGGGAGAGGAGCCAAGGGCCCAGACUCAAACCACGCUGAGCGAGCAAUACGAUAUUAUUAAAAAGGCCUUGGAAAAGCUUGAACAAGCCAGAAAGAGAGCUGUAACGGGUGUAUCAGAGGCUGAAAUUGAAAUUGAAGCCCAGACCGAAGCCCAGACUCAGGCCGAAGCCGAUACCAAGGCUGAAACUGGUGAGAGAUGA